AUGUCAUUUUUAUGUGGGUCAGCCUCAGCAUCAAAUAAGCCAAUCGAAAGAAAAAUUGUUAUUCUAGGUGAUGGUGCCUGUGGUAAGACUUCGUUACUGAAUGUUUUCACCAGAGGUUACUUCCCUGAAGUGUAUGAGCCCACUGUUUUCGAAAACUAUAUCCAUGAUAUUUUUGUUGACAGUAAACAUAUCACGUUAUCUUUGUGGGAUACUGCGGGUCAAGAAGAGUUUGAUAGAUUACGAUCCUUGUCUUAUUCAGAUACGCAAUGUAUAAUGCUAUGUUUUAGUAUUGAUUCACGCGAUUCCUUGGAGAACGUUCAAAAUAAAUGGGUAGGUGAAAUCACUGAUCAUUGUGAGGGCGUCAAAUUAGUUUUGGUCGCACUAAAAUGCGACUUGAGAAACAACGAGAACGAAACAAACGCCAUCACGCCGAACAAUAUCCAACAAGUUAACAGCGUUUCCAAUGGCAACAGCAAUAACGUAAAUAGUAACUCUAAUGCCAAAAACCUGAUAAGUUAUGAAGAAGGUCUUACCAUGGCGAAGAGGAUUGGCGCGCUGCGUUAUCUGGAAUGUAGUGCUAAACUAAAUAAAGGUGUUAACGAAGCCUUCACGGAAGCUGCAAGAGUUGCUUUAACCGCGGGCCCAGUAGCAACUGAAGCGAAAAGCGACGGUGGAUCCGGCUGUACUAUUAUGUAA